GUAUGCGUAGACGGAGGUAGGGCUUAGCUUAUCUCUGACAUGGAAAGGUUUCAUGCGAUCAGCUCUGGACAUUACAUAAUGGUUUCCACCAUGUUGAUGGGUCUGGGCUUGCUGCUGAUGGUUGGCACAGCAGGCAGUGCUAUCCCUGUGACCAUCUAUCCCCAGUUCUACUCCCAAGCAGGAAGGGUGAAGUUUGAGACUGGGCGCUGGUCAGGCCAUAACGGUGUGGACAUCGAUAAAUACCUUCAGCCCAACGUUGACAUUGGAACUCACAGCGGGAGAUGGAUCAGUGCAGACAGAGGUCAGGAGAUCUUUCAAAAGUGCACAGAGGAUCCUAAACGCCCUGGUUACCCCGAUCCUACAUACUUCUGGGUCCGACGGGAUGCCAUAUCACAGAAGUACAUCCACAACAUCAACAAAUAUGGCCGUAGCCCUUACAGAGUCAUUUCAUUCAAUGGUUUGUAUUGGCCGGACUGGAUGCCGAAAACAACUUACGGAGGCAAGUUUCCCCAGAACAUGGACGCCGCCUCCGAGUUCAUGCUUCUGUUUAUGGAAGCAGUGAACGGUUCUGCUGGAGGCUUUCCACCACUACUCGAGGUCUACAACGAACCGGGCGCUGACUACAAAUAUCUCCACUGGGACACAGUCAUUGCCUACCAUCAGGCUGUCGCAAAGAAGCUGAAAACCAAGUUCCCUGCUCUUAAGGUGGGAGGUCCGACCAACACAGGGACGAGUUCCCACUCGGACAAGGACGACUUUAAGAUUUGGAAACGUCUGGCCGACUUCAUGAACUUGUCCCUCACCGACUUGGACUUCUUCUCCUUACAUGACUACAGUCACCUCAAGGUUGCUGGCGGCAGGUACAACUUUUACGGCAGCAACCCCGCCAGGCUUGGGGCAUUCAUGGACUUGGUGGAGAACUAUGCACACGUUAAAAGCGGAAAGGAUGUGCCGUUAGUCAUCAGUGAGUAUGGUCUCACGUUGAUCAUUGGUAUAAAUGACCAGAAACCAAGCACCUUUGCUGACUGGGCAUACGUCUACCAGCACAAUGCUCAUAUGUUCACCUACCUGGGCUACAGGGACGUUAUUGACUCAGCUAUUGCAUUCCUUAUAUCCUACACGGACUUAAAAGGACAAGCAAGCAUCAAUUACAGCCUGUUUGAACGUAACGGCACUGAGAGAACAGUUUCUGAUGCCUUCAAGUUUUGGAAGAGUUUCCAUGACAACCAGAAGUUCCUGAGAGUUGAUAACGCCCAUGACGGCAGUGAGAAGACGAUAGCCUCACACGCUGUCGCCAACGUUGCAACCCGGGAGGUGACGGUGCUCCUCCACAACUACGACAAGGCACAAGCUACAGUCAACCUCAUCUUCCCUAAUAACUGGCUUAAACCAUCAUCUGCCACUUCAACCUGCUUCUAUCGGAAACUUCCCAACAACGUAGCAGUAUUCCAGCCCAACAAGACCGUCCACAUCAGUCACAAUCAGAUCCUUCUGGAACCGGAAUCAAGCUGCUUCUACAGCUUCAAAUCAGGCUAUAAUUUUGGGAAUGCGCAGACGAUAAAUGAAGUUAAGUAUUACGGGGCAGCGGUGGUCGUGCCGAUCCAAAACAACACCGUAAACACCCAGGUUGGCAUUCCGUACCUUGGCAACAUCAAAAUGGCGCGUCUUAGAGUUGCUGUUAGUGUCAAGGACAGGUCUUCCUCAACUAAACCCCGCACGGUUUCCAUAAACGGCCAUGUUCUGACGUCAUACCUGUUCCUGUCUGACGCAGCUAGCCAAGGUUUUGAAACGACGUUGUGGGAGGUGUACGAAUAUAACGUCCCUGUCGCUGCUUUGAAGGAACAUCACAACACUGUUGUGUUUACCUUUGGCCAUAUUUCUGGUUAUGUGUCAAGCGUCGCAAUCAUAGUUGGUCGUUAAAACGUAUAUAUGAGAACUGUGAUUGCUUUCUUAUGUCUUUUAAGCACACAACUCGAAAUGCUGUUCUUUCUUCUAGACCGUAUAGAAUUUCUAAACAUUAUAGAUUGAUUUAAUUGAAUAAAUGUAUAUAACGGUUUAGUUACCCAUUGGUUGUGUGUUAGACUUAACGCUGAUGAUGUAGAAAGAGACGGACAUCCUGACACAUACAAAUUAUAGGUAUUA